AACCUCACGAAAGGAUAUAUCAAUUUGACGUGGCAAAUUCUAAUCAACGGCCGCCUCCUACAUCAUUACCGGUCAUCGUCGACCUCGUCUUCCUCCGCUCUUUCUCUGCGGUUUUUUGAUUCAUCAGCCGAAGCUCUUCUUUCUUAUGAGCUUGCAAUGGCGAUUCAUCAGUUGAGACUCUUUCUUUCAUCUCAACCGAAGCUCUGUUUCGGUUAUAGCAUAAAUCUCGAUGUUCGCCGCUUUGACUUCCCUAAUCCAUGCCGUCGUAGCAUUCUGUUGCCGAAACGGAGGCGUUUUCGUCAUCGAUCACGCUCAAACUCUAAUUUCGUUCUCUUCAAUUCACUCGAAGCUGUGCCUCUGCCGCAGAACGUGCCUUUUAAGUCGGAGAAACAAGAUUCGCCGAUUCUUCUCGAUGUAGGAGGGAUGAUGUGCGGUGGGUGCGUAUCCCGAGUCAAAUCGGUGAUCGCCUCCGACGAGCGAGUUGAAUCUGUCGUGGUCAACAUGUUGACUGAAACAGCGGCGAUCAGGUUGAAGCCAGAGGUUACGGAGAGUGAAGCUGUGGAGAGUGUCGCCGAGAGUCUAGCUCGGCGCGUGACAGAGUGCGGGUUUUCGGCGAAGAGGAGGGUUUCCGGGCUGGGAGUUGGUGAGAAUGUGAGAAAGUGGAAGGAUAUGUUGAAGAAGAAAGACGAGUUGCUUGUGAAGAGCAGGAACAGGGUGGCUUUUGCCUGGACUUUGGUGGCACUCUGCUGUGGAUCGCACGCUUCUCAUAUUUUGCAUUCUUUCGGGAUUCAUAUUGCUCAUGGAACUUUUUGGGAGGUGCUCCAUAAUUCAUAUGUGAAAGGUGGAUUGGCUUUGGGUGCUUUGCUGGGACCGGGAAGAGACUUACUGUUUGAUGGAUUAAGGGCAUUCAAGAAAGGAUCACCCAAUAUGAAUUCUCUGGUGGGAUUUGGAUCAGUUGCUGCAUUUAUCAUUAGUGCGGUCUCUCUCAUCAAUCCAGGGCUUGAGUGGGAUGCAUCGUUUUUUGAUGAACCGGUCAUGCUUCUUGGUUUUGUGCUUCUUGGACGUUCUCUGGAAGAAAAGGCAAGGAUUAGGGCAUCUAGUGACAUGAAUGAACUUUUAUCAUUGAUUUCCACUCAGUCAAGACUUGUAAUUACUUCAUCAGAAAGUGAUUCAUCUGGUGCUGCUGUACUUUGCUCUGAUGCAAUUUGUGUUGAGGUCCCAACAGACAAUAUCCGUGUUGGAGACUCAUUGUUGGUUUUGCCAGGAGAAACUAUUCCCGUAGAUGGGAGAGUUCUUGCAGGAAGAAGUGUGGUUGAUGAAUCCAUGCUAACUGGAGAAUCACUUCCUGUAUUCAAGGAAGAAGGCUUCAUGGUCUCAGCUGGAACAAUAAACUGGGAUGGUCCUUUGAGGAUUGAAGCAUCUUCCACUGGCAGUAACUCAACAAUAUCUAAGAUUGUUCAAAUGAUUGAGGAUGCUCAAGGCCGGGAAGCACCUGUGCAGAGGCUUGCAGAUGGGAUAGCUGGGCCAUUUGUGUAUAGUGUAAUGACUCUGUCAUCAGCAACUUUUGCUUUCUGGUACUAUGUUGGUUCACAUGUCUUUCCUGAUGUUUUGCUCAAUGAUAUUGCUGGACCAGAUGGCGAUCCCUUGCUUUUGAGCUUGAAACUUGCUGUUGAUGUUCUGGUAGUUUCUUGCCCAUGUGCUCUGGGCCUUGCUACUCCCACAGCUAUUCUAGUUGGAACGUCUCUGGGUGCAAAACAAGGGCUGCUUAUAAGAGGAGGAGAUGUGCUAGAACGCUUGGCUAGUGUGACUCAUGUUGCUUUUGACAAGACAGGAACCCUAACAGAAGGAAAACCUAGUGUUUCUUCUGUGGCUUCAUUUGUUUAUGAAGAGACAGACAUCCUUAAAAUUGCUGCUGCAGUAGAGAGAAUGGCAACACAUCCACUUGCAAAGGCAAUUGUAAAUAAAGCUGAAUCAUUGAAUUUGAGAAUCCCAGAAACAAGAGGACAACUAGUAGAACCCGGUUUUGGAACCUUGGCAGAAGUAGAUGGGUGUCUAGUUGCAGUUGGUAAUUUAGAUUGGGUUAAUGAACGUUUCCAAGUAAAAAGACAUGUGUCUGAUCUGAGGAGCCUGGAACAUAAAUUGAUGAGUCAGUCGUCAUCACCUUCAAAGUAUUCAAAAACAAUUGUCUAUGUUGGAUGUGAAGGGGAAGGCAUUGUUGGUGCUAUUGCAAUAUCAGACAAUUUGCGCCAUGAUGCUGAAUCUACCGUAAGCAGGCUCCAGGAGAAGGGUAUCAGAACAGUCCUAUUAUCAGGAGACAGGGAAGAGGCAGUUGCACCCAUAGCAAAGACAGUUAGAAUAAGUACUGAAUUUAUCAAUGCAUCCCUGACUCCACAGCAGAAAUCCACAGUGAUAUCUACUCUUCAAAGUGCAGGCCAUCGGGUUGCAAUGGUGGGUGAUGGCAUAAAUGAUGCACCCUCUUUGGCCCUUGCUGAUGUCGGGAUUGCUCUGCGGAUUGAAGCUCAGGAAAAUGCUGCCUCUGAUGCAGCAUCCAUUAUACUUCUCGGAAAUAGGCUCUCACAAGUAGUAGAUUCACUGGAUCUUGCACAAGCAACAAUGGCAAAAGUAUAUCAGAACUUAUCAUGGGCAAUAGCAUAUAAUAUUGUUGCAAUCCCCAUUGCAGCUGGUGUGCUACUUCCAAAAUUUGAUUUUGCAAUGACACCUUCACUUUCUGGGGGUCUAAUGGCCUUGAGCUCAAUUUUUGUUGUCACCAAUUCAUUGCUUUUACAACUCCAUGGAUUUGAGAGGAGCAAGAAGAGCAAUCUUUUGCACCGUAUUAAGGUGCCGGACAGCUCAAGCUAAUUCUUCUCUUGGAGAAUGCAAUUGGUCUACCGUGGAUGAGUAGUUGCUUCUGCAGUUUUUCCCAUUUGCAUGUAACUGGAGAGCCUACCAAAUUGUGACAUCUUUUAAGUUAUAUACCCUACUUGAGUGAAUAUCUAAACGUGUAUGUAAUUGUCAAAGUUUUUGUCAUCUUCGAUAUUGUUUGCGAUAAUAAUGAAGCAUGUCAUGUACCUGAAAUUGUCGAGAAGUCUGAACCGGCUAUGCUUGUAUGGUUCUGUACUUGUUAUUACAAAGAGUGUCCUGUUAUUUGUCUGAUGAAAAAAUUAUGUUUACAUCAGAAAAGAGAAGCCAAACUAAGUGGGGGGUUCACUUUUAAGUGUAAACUGUAACACAAAGGUAGCAAUUACAUAUUUUUCCUUAUUUCCAAAAUCAGUGAGAAUAAACUAACAAGUAUAAC